AAUUUUAAUCCAGUAUAAUAUAAUAUAAAGCAAGCUUCUGGUUGGUUAUAAAUUAUGAUUCAAUAGUUGUGAUUGGAUACAUUUAUAUUUCCUGAGUAUCUAAUCCCGCCUCUCAAUACAUUCACCAGUAGUAGACCCGCUUUCGUUAUCCGUGGAACAAAAUAACCCACCGUAACGUUUUGGAUCAUAAAGGGACAACAGUGAGUGCCUUGUUUCCAAAAGUAUGGAUGUAACAACAGAUCACAUUCGUGACAAACUAAUCAAGGAGAUCGGAGCGAUACAUGUGGAGGUUGAAGACACAUCCUCUAACCGAUGCGCUGCCAGCUUCAAAGUUCUAGUAGUGUCGCCCCAGUUUGAGGGGAAACCACUGCUGGCGAGACACAGGAUGGUGAACACCUGCUUGGCUGAUGAGCUGAAAGAGAUCCACGCAUUUGAACAGAAGACACUGACUCCAGAACAGUGGGAGAAACAGAAAGCACAGUGAUGAACACAUUUUUACAUUUUAGUCAUUUAGCCGAUGCUCUUAUCCAGAGCAACUUACAGUAGUGAAUGCAUACAUUUCAUAUAUUGUUUUUUUAUUUUGUAACUUUUUCCCCCCAUACUGGUCCCUUGUGGGAAUUGACCCCACAACCCUGGCAUUGCAAACACCAUGCUCUACCAACUAAGCCACACUUUGACAUUCUGUUACUUCACCCCCCUAUUAUUUGUAAAUAAGAAACAUAUGCUCACAACAGUUUGACCUACACACCUGACAUAUUUAAUUGAAGUCAAUGAUACAAACUGAAAAGAAAUAGUAAACAUGAUGACAAUAAAACAAUCCUGGUCAGA